UUCUCAAGGUUGACAGAAAGGUUUGUGAAUGGGGUGGAUAUAUUAAUGGACACAUUCUGGAGAAUAUGGACUGAUUUGUUAGAUGUUCUUGGAAUUGAUGCCUCCAACUUGACUCAUUAUUUCAGCCCAGCAGCAAUUGCCAACAACCCCACCCGUGCUCUUCUGCUGAUCGGUGCCAUUUUACUUGCCUAUUGGUUUUUAUCUCUCUUCCUUGGAUUCUUCUUCUAUCUCCUGCACAUGCUGUUUGGUCGCUUUUUCUGGAUCGCGAGGGUUGCCCUUUUCACUCUCUCCUGCGUGUACAUCCUCCAGAAGUACGAAGGUGACCCGGAACACGCGGUCCUGCCUCUCUGCUUUGUUGUAGCAGUCUACUUCAUGACAGGUCCAGUUGGAUUUUACUGGAGAAGAAACAGCAACAGCAGCCUCGAGGAGAAGAUGGACCACCUCGAUAGUCAGAUCAGACUUCUGAACAUACGUCUUUCCAGGGUGAUUGAGAACCUGGACAGAGGCGGUGACCAAUGAACCAACCCCUAUAGACCACUGUACACCAGCUCUAGAAAAUUCCUAAGCACUGUCUCAUUUGAAGUUACAAAGCAACAAAACGUCACAUGGUAAAAAGUGUGCAAAGUUAUAACUUUUCAUCAUGUGUAAGACUAAUUUAUCUAGAUUAUACACAGCCAUUAUACUGUUAGGAAAAAAAACCAACAACAUUUAAAAAUUCAGCUGUAUAUUCAGAGAGUUUUAUCCAGUACUAGAAUUUUCUCAGUAGAGAAACGCUUACUUUUACAAGCAUUGAAAAACAUCUUUUGUAAAGUUUUUAUAAAAGCAAAUUGAGUAGUCUUUCAGAUAUGGAAAUUGAGCUAAACAUAUGCAAAUUUGACACUUAAAAAGUUAAAAAGAAAAAAAAAA